AUUAACAAGGUUCCAUGAUUUUCGAAACAGUCAGCAGUUUCGCUCUCGUUUUGUCUUUAUAUUUAACGAGAGUGUGUUCGUCUGUCAGAGCGGGGAUGCAGAGAGACGCUGCUGGAGUCUGAUCGUCUCAUCCGUCAGCUGUGAUCAUGCUGUGUUUUUGGGGAGCGCAGGUCAGAGAGGGUUUCGGGCUGGUGCAGCCGGACAAAGUCAAACAUGGCAAUUCUGGAAUACGGUCCGUGUGUCCGAAAACAGCAGUUCGGGACAUGUCAGCUGGACGGAGUUUUGUUGGAUUCAUCCGGGAUGGGAAGGUCUGGGUCCUGAGAUUGCGCAGUGAAGACUGUGAUCAUGAUGGAAAACUAAAGCAACUACAGCUAAAGAAUGACAGAAUCAGACUGAUUGUCUGUGGAGGAGAUGGUGCGGUUCUUCUUGCUUAUGGAGGAAAAGUUCUCAUUAUGGAUAAACCCACUGUGUGCAGGCCUCUCGAAGGUCUGGAUAACAGGCAGGUGAUUCAAAUCGCAUGUGGAGACCAUCAUUCAAUGGCACUAACUAAGGAUGGUCAGGUGUUGGUAUGGGGUGAGAACUCUCAUGGUCAGCUGGGUUUGAGGAAAGAUCAUCCCGGCUCUCCGUCUGCUCAACAUGUUCAGAGUCUGAGUGGGAUCCCACUGGCUCAGAUCAGCGCUGGAGGAGACCACAGCUUUGGGUUGUCUCUCUCUGGAGUCGUGUUUGGAUGGGGAAAGAACUCUGCUGGACAGCUGGGCCUCGGAGACACUACAGACAGACACGUCCCAACGGUUGUAAAUAGUCUUCACCGGAAGAAAACUGUGUCCAUCUCAUGUGGAGGGGAACACACUGCCACUUUAUCAAAGGGCGGCACAGUAUUCACAUUUGGAUCAGGAGGUUCUGGUCAGCUUGGGCACAAAUCAUUUAAAGACGAACAUCGUCCGCGGGUGGUUGCUGAACUGUGGGGAUCUGAAGUGUCACAGGUCACAUGUGGGAGACAUCACACACUCGUAUCAGUCGCAUCGUCAAAGCUGAUCUACUCAUUUGGAUGUGGGAUGCAAGGGCAGCUGGGAAAUGGAAAAAUUAUCAAUAAGUCUGUGCCUUUCCCUGUGAAUCUGCCAACUGAAUGUAAUCAUGAUUAUACGAUUGAAAAACUCAUAGCUGGGGAGAAUCAUUCCUUUGCCUUGUUUUUCAAGGAACCUGGGAAUGAGUCUAAACCAAAUCCAAGCAGAGGGAUUUUGACAUUAGAUGACAGAAUGAUUGACCGAUGGCUGUCGGGAAGUGAUCCAUGGAAAGUGGUAAAAAAAGACAUAAACAAAGUGUUCUCCUCUGCUGCCUCUCUGAAUGGAAGUUUCCUCAAAACAAGUCGUGACGAACAUUAUCAGACGUCUGAGGAUCAUUGUGGUUUGGAUUUUGAUCUGGCUAAAACAUCCUUUGCAAAGUUAUCAAAGAAUGAAAGGUCAAUGUCAGAGGUAGUGAAGGUGGUUCAACAGAUGCUGCCGUCUCUGAAUCCAAAUCCAGCUGGUGUGGAAUCACUGAGAGUUUAUCUUCUCCUCCCUGAACUCAUCAGACGUCUCCAGAAACAACAACGAACUGAACUCACUGAAGCUCUGGCCUCCAAAAUUCUUCAGCUGAAUCCUGAUGCUCGCAAGGUUUUAGAGAUGAACUGGUCCAAACUCCCGGAUGAUUGCCUCAAAGGCCUGGUGAAGUUAUUUAAAAAAGCAUCUGCUAAUUUAAUUGGCAGGAUGGCUGCUGACACUAUGAACUGGGACAUAAUGACACGCUUGCCGAAAUUUGUGCAGAUCCUUCAGAUGGUGUAUCAGGUCUGCUGCAGAGCCAACAGAAACAUCACCAAGAGUGAUUUCAUCAUUAAUGAGAUCAAUGAUCUGCUAGAUGUGCUGGAAACCACCAAUGAAGAUGUGAGUAACAAUUUGGAGUGGUUUAACUUGACUGGACAAAUCCAUGCAUUGAUGGCCCAGCAAAACUACUAUAAUACAAUCUUAAAAAAUCUCAUAUCGCUUCCAUGCAUCUUUAACCUGGAGGCCAAAUGUAGCUAUAUGAAGAACAGAGUAUGGCAGGGUAGUUUUAAUCUGAUUCUGAGACGUACAGCUCUGCUGGAGGAUUGUUUCCAUCAGCUGAGAAGUGCCACUCAGCAACAUCUCAGAGAAUUUUGGCUGUCGGUGUUUUACAAGGAGGAUAUGAGAAAAACAGAUGUCAACAAGAGGGACUUUUUUCACAACGUGUUUAAAGAGCUUUGUGCACCAGAGUCUCAGCUGCUCAUGUACAAUGACAGCAACACUAUGGGCUGGUUCCCCACAAAGCUCAGCGUGGAGAAGGAGAAGUACUUCCUGUUUGGGAUUCUGUGUGGCUUGGCCUUCAACAACACAUCCGUAGUGCAUCUGCCUUUUCCUUUAGCCUUGUUCAAGAAACUUCUCGAUGUCAAACCGUCUCUAGAAGACUUGAUAGAGUUUAGUCCGGUUCUUGGCAAGAGUUUGCAGUACACCCUGGACUACAGCGAUGAUGUUAAGAAAAUGGAUACGUACUUCACGAUCGUAUGGGAUGGAACAGAAGUCGAACUGGAUCCAGCUGAGCCAGGAAAAUUGGUCACAAAUUAUAACAGAACAGACUUUGUGGACAAGUACGUGGAUUAUAUUCUGAAUAAAUCAGUGGAGGAAGCGUUUGAAGAAUUCAAGAGAGGCUUCUUCAAAGCGUGUGACAGAUGCAUGGUGGAGAUGUUUGAGCCGGAGGAGCUGAGAGGAGUGCUGGUGGGCAAUGAGGAAUAUGACUGGGACAUACUCAAACAGAACACCACAUAUGAAGGAUCGUUUUAUGCUGAGCAUCCAACCAUCAUCUCAUUCUGGGAGGUGUUUGAGGAACUGACAUCAAAUGAGAAGAAGGCCUUUCUAUUGUUCCUGACAGGGUUCGAGAAAGUGCCCAUUCUGGGUAUGAGUGCGGUGAAGAUGAGCGUGAGACCCCUGUUCAGCUUUACUCAGGACCAUCUACCACAGGCCCUCACCUGCCAUUCUCUGCUAGACCUUCCUGUUUAUCAGAACAAGGAAACACUCAAGGCUAAAGUAAUUGAAGCCAUCAACCACAAGAGGGGCUUCUGGGAAGAAUGAGGCAGAUGGAGUACACUGACUAAGAUCUAAAGUUUGAUCCUUGAUCUUCCUUGGCUGUAAAAGGGACUGUUUCUUAAUAUAUUAGGGAGAGUGGGGAUGGCUGAAUCACUGGGUUUGAUGUAGGACUCUACUUUAACAAUCAGUUUCUGCUUUAAUGUGUGAAAAAGAAAUUUGGUAAAAUACAAAGUUUACAUUUAUAUCCACUACCAGAGAAAUAUUUCUCUUCAGAGGAAGAUAAGAGAGGUUUAUU